GGGGGGGGGGGACAUUUCAAAAAUAAAAACGCCGCGCAGGGCUUCUCCUUAGUUUACAGCUUCUUGAAAGCUACAGUACAAAAUCCAGGAUUAAUUGCAUUUAUGAUGUGUGCAUUGACAGAGGGAGAGCCCUUUCGACAUGUGUUGAUUUUACAGAAGGUCGGCCUCUAAACCCGACAGCCAGAGGAAAAGAAGGUACCCUGCCGUAACAGCAGCUCCCCAACGUCUCCCCAUAGGGGCGUCCAGAGGUGCCACAACUGCACAAGGUAUCAAAGCGUUAAGCGACGCUCCGGCCCCGGGAUGACACUCUCAGGCACUGCUUAUUCCAGAGAUAGUGAAAGCUUUACUGACAAGACUCAAGCCAAAGUCAAUAGAAAAUGCUGUCCCAGAACGCGGGGCGGGGGGGUCAGUUUCAGUCAGCUGUAGUUGCUGGGAACAAAGGAAACGAGGAGACAGCGUGACUGAGCAAGGAUGGCUCGGGGAAGUUCGGCUAGGAGCCCAUUGCAAGCAGACGCUGGCGUCCCGUUCCGCAUGGAGGAAACCAGUCGAGCCUCUGAUUACAUCACAUUCUAUCAUAUUCUUAAAGUCAACCGCAUUCAACUCCUCAGAUAAUCCAGUAACAGCAUCCAUUAACAAACUGCAGCUGGAUUAGGACCAUGAAGACAAUUAGCAAGGGGUUGUCACGUGGAUGACAACGGUCAUUCACUUGUUUCUCUCAAAAUGCAAUAAAUGAACGUUACCCACGUCGCAGCAGCCAACAAGACGAGUUAGAGAGAACUUCAGAAUAAAUAAGGAUAAGAGAAAAACAAAAAAAGGUCAAUGCUGGACAGUUUUCUUUUUCUCUUUCCUCCGAACAGAAAUGUACCAUGUCUUUGUCUCCCUUUCUGUCUGUAUACACAACAUCUUUCCCACAUGGCAAAUGGGGUCCCGUGUGUUUCAAUGGAUAUUUUGUAAAUACAAAAAGGGCCCUAACUAAGAGUUGGCUUCACACAACCUUCCAGUCCACAUGUAACGAACAUGGAGCGAACAAGCAGCAUUAGGAGAAAAGCCACAGCUAGACAGCGCAAAGGAGAAGUGAUGAUCGCCGGAGAACAACUGAGGUUGAGACUCCACGAUGGAAAGCUGAUCAAGGACCGCCGCUACCACCUGCGCACGUAUCCCAACUGCUUUGUGGCACAGGAACUUAUAGACUGGCUGGUGAGCCACAAGGAAGCUCCAGAUCGAGCGACGGCCGUCCGCCUCAUGCAGCACCUCAUGGAUCAUGACAUCCUUCACCACGUCUGUGAUAAGAGGCCGCGGUUCAAGGAUGCCAAACUGCUGUACCGUUUCCGCAAGGAUGACGGCACGUUUCCCUUCAACAGAGAGGUGAAAAUCUUCGCGCGAGGCCAACGGCUCUAUGAACAUCUCAUAGGGGACAAGAAGUCAAUUCUGCAGCUGAGAGAGGAGCAUGGCGUUGCAUAUCAGCGCUCCUUUCCUGGCGGCCAGUUGAUUGACUGGCUCCUUCAGAACGGGGAGGCGGAGAGCCGGCGCCGGGGGCUGGAGCUGUGCCGCGCAUUGCAAGAGCAUGGCAUCAUUCAGCACGGUGAGGGGAGCCCUCACCCGGCCCCUCUGAUGUCUGGCACCGGGAACGAGCGCGCUGUCAGAGGCCGCUGUCAGUGGGCGGCCAGCAGAGAAACAGCAAACACAACCCGUCGACUCUUUGUGAAAGAUUCAAUUCAUCACCAAAAACGGUUUUCUUUGUUGCUUCCCCUAUCUCUCUCUCUCUCUCUCUUCCCACUUCCACCCCUAGUGGCAAAGAAGUAUGAAUUCUUUGACAGCGGAUUGCUGUAUCAGUUCUGCAUCAAUUUCCGCCGUAGACGUCGUCUAUCUGAACUGCUGCGCGAGAGUGAACAGGACGACGACAAAGUGUCCACACAGGAGGACAGCCGCGGCGACAGUCCGUCCGUUCGGCACAAAAGCUCGCCUCAGGAAGGCGAUAAUGCUUUCCAGUCGGUGAGGGUAAGUAAAGAUCUGACAUCGGUCACCGGUGGGCGUCGAGGCAGCUCGAACUCUGCGCAGCUUCAAUCUUCUGGAUUUCCACUUCUGGUCCAGCUGUCUUCGUCCUCUGUGAGAUGCAAUCCUGAAUCAGGCGAGCUGCUAAGAAGACAUUUUACAUGCGAGGAGUUAUUUGCACCCGGGGCUCCUUUAAUCAAGAAAGUGUUGACGGUUAUCGGAGACGCCCUGGGCUGGGGCUUUGUUGUCAGGGGCAUGGCACCCUGUUACGUGCAGGCCGUCGACCCUGAAAGCCCAUCAGCAGCUUCAGGAGUUAAGGUGCGGCAGUUUGUGUGCCAGGUGAACGGACAGUGCGUCCUCUACCUGAACUACAGGACCGUCACCAGACUGGUGAUGACAGGCCCUCGCACGAUCGUUCUGGAAGUUCUGGAACCGCUAGAAUGAAGACAACAACAAGUUUUCAAGUUUAGUUCUUGUUUUAGAUACAACUAACAUUUACCAAAACUGAAAUAUACAAUUAUGUAAUGUAUUAUUUUCAAUUAAAGCCUAUUCUGUAUUACAUGGACCGGACAGAGGUCAUGAGCUCAUUAAUGAAACAAAAAGGAAAAUAAAUCAAUGAACAUGG